GCGUGUCAACAGAGGCCGGGGGCUGGAGGAAGGCAGCUCUUGUGUUGCUGUAACUUCUCCAGUGUCUUGUGUGUGUCGUGGCCAGCAGGAGAGCCAUAGCAGUGGCUGCCACUACCACACACACACCACCACAGCUUAUCUUAUGACCACACUGCACGACGCUGGCGCCCUGGCUGCUGACCACUUCUCACUGAAGCAAUGGUGUCUUACUGUUAGCUUGAUCGACGACCACCUAGGCCAGGCUAGUCUUCUGAGCUCGUCGUCUUGUUUUCAUAAUUACUUACGACACCAACUGAGCUUUUCAAGGAUGCAACCAACAAUAGUUAACUAACUCUCAGACCGUUGACAGUGGUAGAAGUUGUAUGGUGAGCGACCAAUGAGAAACUGAAACGAGGUAUGUCGCGCUGGAAAAAGAAAUCCUAUGAUGGCAUUCACAGUUACGUAGAGCAAGUAGAGGACGUUUUGUUGAGUGAGAGUUCAUGGUCGACAACUGACUCCGAGUGUUCAGGUUGCAUCCACUUAAGUAGGGACGGUAAUCUGCACAGUGAAGGUUGUAGUACCUCAGGACUUGAACUGGCAACUCUUUCUCCUAUACAGACAUUGGACAACAGCUGUGUAUGGGAUCUCCAUGGAAAUGCAAAUUACAUUCAGAGUGCCAGCAGUCAUUGUGUACUGGGGGGAGGACUGAAGGCCUCCGUUGACUGCUCUCCCACACACUUAACCUCUGGUAUAAGGGGCGGUAUGUUACAGCAACUCUCACUCCUCGCAGCUGGUGGCCAACCUUGGCAUCACAACAUAUGUACUGCUCAUUCUCGACGCUUUGCCUAUGCUGCAACACUUGCCAUUUAUGUGUAUGAGGUUGAGACAGGAAGUAAUCAAUGGCAGUUGUGUAGCAUCUUGGCUGACCACCGCAAGACCAUAACCUGUCUUGAUUGGCACCCUUGUAGUGAUGACCUCCUCGCUAGUGCAUCCUUGGAUCAAAGAGUUUGUGUAUGGAGUGUGGGAAGACAGUGUGUACUGCACGCAGUCAGCAUCUGCCGAGUCCCUACUGUCGUUGCAUGGUGCACAGGACACAGGGAUCUUCUUUCAUUCUCCACUCAAAGUGGCCCAAUUCAGUUGUGGGACUAUACCGAUAACAGUGAGCCUUAUCCUGUCCGUGAAGAUUAUGGCUAUACGCACCGGAUUGUCACUUAUCGCUGGCAUCCCACUGUUCCAGGAAGGCUCGUCAUUGGCCAUGAUGAUGGAAAGCUUACUGUGUAUAAAGAAGAUGUCGGGAAGACGCAUUACUCUGCUUUUCCCGAGGGUGGAGAGGACAAUGAAGAUCACACUCUUGUUACCCUUGAGUGGGACACUUGCUCACCAGACUACAUCCUGGUGGCUUAUAGAGCAGGUGCCCUCUGGCUUGUCGACGUUAAUGCUAUGAGGAUAAUCACCAAGUAUAUCAUGCCAAUUUCGGCAAGUGUGAAUACGUUGGCAUGGCUUCCCGACGCUCCAGGGAUGUUUGUUACCGGAGAUGCUGAGAAAGGUAUUCUCCGUGUUUGGACAGUCAAUAAAUCAACACCUAUAGAAAAUAAUGUUUUAAAAGACACUGGGUUUCACGUUCUCUGUGCUACAAGAGCUAAAAAUACAAAUGUACCUAGAAACACUCAUCAAGAUCAAAUUAAUGAUCUUUCUGGUGAUAAGAAGGGGCUCAUGAUCCCUAAUGUGUUGGUUGUUACACUGUUUAAGGACGGAGGAGUUGGUCUCUACCACCUUAGAAGAAAGCAGUGGAUUUUCAAUCGAGAGCAUGGCCACACAGAAACCAUAUUUGACUGCAGCUUUAAACCUGAGGAUAGUGACCUAUUGGCUACUGGCUCUUUUGAUGGAUCUAUUAAAAUUUGGAAAAUAGACACGAUGGAAACAGUAGACACACUUCCCAACUGUAAUACCAUCAUAUACACACUGUCUUGGGCACCAGCUGAUCUUAACUGUAUAGUAGCAGGUACUUCUGGGGGAGAGGUCUUCAUCUGGGAUGUUGGUAAACAUAAGAUCCUGCAAGGAAUACGUUCACACAAAGACAAAAAAGUGUUUUGUGUGGCAUGGAAUCAUAAGGAUGCCAGAAGGAUAGCAUCAGCAGGUGAAUCAGGUUACUGCUAUAUCCACCAAGUGAGUGGGACACUUUUACAAGACUACCGUCACCCUGGCCCUGUUUAUGGCUGUGAUUGGCGUGAUGCUGAUAUAUUGGCUACAGGCUGUGAGGAUGGGAAGAUACGAAUUUAUAAUGUAACCAAAAAUAGAAGAGAACCUGUAACAGAGCUGAAAGCUCAUCUGAAAAAAGUGUUUCGUGUGAAGUGGAACCCUGUGUAUGAUGAUAUCCUGUGUAGUGGCAGUGAUGACUCAUCAGUCAGAAUAUGGUCGUAUUCUAAAGCACAAUGUAUAACAAUCCUGGUUGGCCAUUCGGACAAUGUACGCGGUCUGGCUUGGUGUCCUGAGGUUCCCUUCCUGCUCAUUUCUGGUUCGUGGGAUCGCACGAUAAGGGUGUGGGAUGCACGUCACGCUACCUGCCUUGAUGUUGCUCUGGACCAUGGAGCUGAUGUCUACGGACUGAGCAUCCACCCUGUACGUCCAUUUCUACUAGCGUCCUGCUCAAGGGAUUCCACAUUGCGGCUUUGGUCAUUGGCCUCAUUUGUGAUGCCACUCCAGCUUAAAGUUUUAGCAGGAAAACCCAUUGAUGAAAUUAUUGAGAACAGUGAACAAAAGAACUUUUCCAGUGGCCUCCACUUAUGUGGCCUGAGAGCAGACCACCUCCAGACUGCCUUACAAAAAGCAGACAUCUCCCACCGACCCAACAAGAGACUGAAGUUAUUCGCUGAUCUCUUCUGUGGUGAUGUACGAAUAAGGAACUUGUGGGAUCUGGUGUCUGUGCUACAAGGACACACUGACAUCUCGCAGCUUUCACCGAACUAUACUCAGUCCAUAAUGCAUCAUUCUCACCUCAUCAAGUGUUCACUGGCUGUGGCAGCAGAGCAAGAAAUGGAUGUUAAUCGUGGCCAGGGUGUGUCCAGCCGCAAGCACUCGCUGGCAGAGAAUCAAGAGCAUCUGGCUGAAUCAUACCUCAGAUGUGGGGCUCUUCAGCAGUACUGUGAGUUGAUGACCAGACUCCACCAAUGGGACCAUGCUCUUGCCCUAGCACCAGCUGUUUCUGUGGAUUAUUGGCGCAAACUGAUGGCCAGGCAUGCAGAGCAGCUUUUGAGUGAUGAUAACGAAGCGUGUGUCCCGUACCUCUUGGCCACUCGUGAUGCAGAUAAACUCAUCAAUUUUCACAUUGGCCGAGGCCACCUUGACAAAGCAUUCUCAGAGUGUGUGGCACUGAGUAAAAUUGGCAGAAGCAGUCGGAAAGGGCCCCCACCUGAGGUUCCACACAGAGUGUCGGCUGCAGAGAUAAACGGGGCUCACGUUCAGGAGAGAACAGUGGAGUGUGCUCAUUUAGUGGCAGAGUGGCACCUACUUCAUGGUUCACCAAUAAUUGCUGCAUGUGCCUUGUUGGCUGUGGAUGAUGUUAAGAGUGCACUUUCACUGCUUCUACGUGGCCACGAGUUGGAGCUUGUAGUUGCUGUAGGUCGUUUGCUAGGCUUUGAGACUCCAAAGCCAGAAAAUGCAAGUAAGACUGAUACUACAGAAAUGAAGGGUCUGGUGGAAACAUCAUUACGUUACCUCACUUACCGUGCCAUUCGACUUUCACUGUGGGAGCUUGCCAUUGAUCUCACCAAGACUCUGCCUGAGGGAACAGAUAAAACCAUUCUACAAGCUGAGGUGUUGUUGUCAUUUAUGGGUGGGCACGAGGAGCAAGAAGCGUUAUAUGCUUACGCAGGAUUCCCACCAUCUGCAGAUUGUCCAGAGAAAGCUAUUGGUUCAGUGCUUGAUCAAGUGCUUUAUUUGUUGCUCUCACCACAACCACACAAGGGGCUUUCUAAAGGCCUAGAAUUUUUACAAGAUCAGCUGAUUGGCGGGAAUCUUGAUCGACCAAGUGUGUGGUAUGUUCUUCGUCUGGUUCAGGCUGUCCCUCUUAUCCAAACUGAUGGAAAAUGGGUGAUUCGAAACGACCAGCGAGGAGAACUACUUGCUGUUUCUGCAUACCUUGGGGCAGUGAAAGCUGCUGUAUUAGAAUAUGGCCCUAUUGUUCUACAUCUUUUGAGUCAUGCAAGUUAUAUCCUAGAGAAGCAUAGGCCAUCGAGCUGUGAGUUUCUUGCCGACCACAUAUCUGCAGCAAAAGCUAAGUGGGAUGAAGGAGAUUGUGACUGGGGUAUCGACAGCAGCAAAAAUCCUGAGAUUUGGAGUGACGUUGGCAUUACAAGAGUUAGCGGGUCUCAUCUGCCCCGCCAUUCUGACUCUCAAAUUUGCUGCAUAACUAACAAGAUGAUAAAGGGUCCCAGUUACUUUCUGGAAAAUGGAGAGUCCGUGAUGGGCCAGAACGAUGCACUCAUGUGGGCAAAAGUCCACCCGUAUUCACCUCUUGGCACCGGCCACCGACUUAAUCCAUUUUGAGCUACAUUUUAAAAAAAACUGCACGCUGUUUUUAGUAUAAAAUUAAUAAGCCAAACAAACUGAAAUGAUCUUGUCAUUUUUCUCACCGAGAUCAGGAAGGUAACAUGACAGCACUUUCCACUUGCUACAGACAUAUGCCAAGUUCAAUGUUGUACUGCUAUAAAGACAUAAUGAUAAUUUUUAAACAAUAUAAUGACUAGUUAUAUUGUUAAGGGGUAACAUUUUGUAAUUUUAUAAGCAUUUUGCACAUUUUUAUUCUGCAAGAUUAAUUGCUAUUAUUAAUAGAGCUCUUAUAUUCCACUUAUGGCUUGUCUAGUUGUCACAAAUAGUAGGUAAUAGUUCUGUUAUGAAUGAUCUAGUUGACAACCAUUCACAGAUGGUAGCUACAAUGUGUAGUGGUUUUACAAACCAUUGAGAAAAUUACUGAAAUAAUUUUAUUAAUAUUUGUUUGCUCAUAAAUAAAUAUAUAUACAGUGGAACCUCGAGUGAUGAGCGGCUCCAGUUAUGAGCAUUUCGAGUAACGAGCGAGUGACUCGCAGAAAAUGUGUCUCGACCGAUGAGCGUUCCCGCUGGUUCUCGGACAUCUUCGACGACAAUUUUGUUGUUGUUGUUUCACAAGACGAGUUUUCCACAUGACGAGCUCGGUGCCGGAAUGGUUUAAACUCGUUAAUCUAGGUGCCACUAUCUAUCUAUAUAUACUAUACACUAUAGUAUAUAAUCUAGGUGCCACUCUAUCUAUACACUAUACUCAAGGUGAGAUUCAUUCACUUAUCUUCAUAAAUGUUACAGCAGCCAACAGGUGCAUUGUUUGAUAUAAUUUUGUCGAAAACAAAAAAUAGUCUUUUAAAGCAAAGGAAUUAACUUAAAGCUGAAAUAAAGGGGCUCUUAAAUUUUGAAACUCAAGCAGACAUUGAUGGCAAUAAGGAAUUUAUUCUUUUAUUACUAACUUUAGUAUUUUCCUGAUGUUAAAUAAUGGUUUGAAGUGCCAAAUAAUAUGCAUAACGAAAUGCUAAAAUGCCUGUCUUCAAAAGCAUUAGAAUAACUAAUCGACAUUUUUCAUUUGUAGAAACUUUUAUGUGAACGAAAAUUUACCAUUAUUUGUAGUACCGUCAAAAACUGGAAAAUCAGGACUAGAACCAGCAAUCUACAGGUCUAGUGUCCUAAGAAGGUUCAUGUGUAAAUAUUAGUGACAGAUACGUCCCUGAUGGGGUUUUGGGAGUUCUUCUUCUCCCAGAGUCCGGCCCAAGGCCAGGCUCGAUUUGUGAGAGCUUUGCCCAACAAUCUGUUGCUUGGAGCGGUCCGCAGGCCCACAUAUCCACCACAGCCCAGUUGGUCUGUAUUGGUAGAUAAACACCUACCUUCAGUGGUACAAUACUUAGAAAUCAGAUAUAUUAUUAGUAUAUAUAGCUCAAUAUGGUCACAUAUAUUACUGCCGAACUAAGAUUUAGCACGACUCGUGCCCUUCAGUGGUUCAUGGUGACAGCCUUAAUAGCAUGAACUUUUAAGACAGACAAAUUACAAAUAUUUUAAAGUGUUAUUUUAGCUACUGUAUUUAAAAGUUUUAUAAUAUUAGUAUUGCCUUAGUCUGAUGAUAUCCAAAGAUUAUAGGGUUUUUCUACACUGUUUUAAACACACAUCCCUCAUUGCCUUAAUUCACUGUAAUAAUAUUAGUUUGAUAUCAGUUAUUAUUGAUGUUUUUUUACUGCACACAUUAUCAAAGAUACAUGAGAAGUAAUUUAAUUCAGCUUCAAUGUGUGUACUGCACACACAGAGACUACUUACAAAUGCCAGUAUUUUAUUCUAAGUACUGUACUAGUAAGACUACUACCAUACAUUUUGAGUACAGUAGUAGUAAGACUAGAAUACUACAGUUCCCUGGCUGUACAUAGUCAGAUAUAUAAAACCCUUGUUCAUAAUUUCUGUCACAAAUAUUGGUAGGAGUAAUAAAUUACUACUAGUUGCAACCUAAUGAUGAAGACCACAAACAUUCCUAACUUUAUCUAUUAAGUCACAGGGAACCCUUAGUCCAGUAUUCACAAUUCUGAAGUUAUGCAACCUUUUUUUUUCUUUAAUAUUCAGUUUUAAGAUUACUGCAUUUGUGUAAUGCUUUUAAAAGUAUAUUGUAUGCAAAUAUAAUCAAACCUCAUUAUGAAGCCUGUGUAAUAAGUCCCACACAUUACAUAGCAAGGUCAUAAAUUAUUUUACAAUAAUUGAUUAUUAAAGUAAUUAGGCCUAUCAUUAGAUAAUACAUAAUAUAAUAAAAUGAAGUUGUAUACAUGAGGAUAAAACAAGUGACUGUCUUUAGGAAGGAGAAACAGGACUAAAUUGUUAAGGGCAUAAUAUUACUUAUUAAGAGAAAAACAUGAGGUCAUAACAAUUUAUUCCAGACCAGUUGUUUUUCCGACCAAUUAGCAGCACCAUAAUCUGUGCAUGGCAAGAUCUCUGCUUCUGUCACCUGGAUGGUCUGCAGUAACACGUUUACAAGCCAUUGUAAAUUAGUUGAUUUCUAUGAAUGACUUUUGCAUGCUGCUUUUCACUGCUGUUGUCUGAAAUUAUAAUAGAAUGUAUAAUAAUUAUUUAAAAAUUGUAAUAUAAUUUGUAAUUACUGUACUGUAAUACAGUAAUACAAUUUUGUUGUUGGGAGGAGAGGUUAUUUGGUAUCUCUUAUCAAAAACUGUUUCCCUGCUCUUAGGAAGUAGUAACAACUAUUAUUAAGGCAAUUAUAAGUGAUUUCCUGUUCGCAAAUAGAAGCAUCACAAAUAUCGACAAAGAAAUCACACUAUAGGGUAUACUGUAUAAGCAAAUUAAUAAAGUCAACAGCUGGCUGUUGUAGAUUAUCAUGUUCAAAUUAUGUAUAUGGUGAAGGUUUGAUGUUGAUCACUUGAAUAUGAUCCACGAUAACAUGAUUAAUACCAUGCGUGAUCAUCUGUGGAUCAACCAAAUGUGAUUACCUUGUUAAUGUCCUGGUAGAGGAUUCUGAGUUGUCCUCACUGAUUUUGUUCGAAGUUGUUGUGCCUUGUAGUUUAUAGUGAUCCCUCCAGUAAGUCCCUCCAUGAAUAUGUUACAUGUUAUUUACAAUGUACAUCAUCAAAUGUUAUGGAUCUUCCCAGUGGGCAAAACAUGCUAGAGUGGCGCUGACUCAAAAUUGUUUGCCCAACAUGUCCUCACUGGGUUUAUGGAACAAAUAUUGUUGAGCUUGUUGAGCAUUGCCAAGAGUUUAAAAUCACAAGAAUAACAGUUAUUGUUUUGCUAAAUAUAUGAUAUUUGAAGUAGACGUUUCACAUGGGCCUAGUUGUCAACUUAUGAGCUUUCAUAAGUAUUAUUUUGUGCAUAAUGAAGUGAAGCUUCCAGGGCACGUUAUUGUAAUAUGCCUUACAUGGCUUUAUUCUUUAUUUAGAAAAUGCAAAUAAUAAUUAACAAUAUAGUAACUGCACUAGGUUUACAAAUAACAAUGCUGUAGCUAGGGCCAUAUUUUAUAUUAAGAAUUUAUAUUACAUAGUUUCAGUUAUAUUUCUUAAAAGUAGUGUUUGAUUUUUUUUAUAUAUUGACUGGGCUUGUAAAUACAAUAUGUACAGUAUAUAGCAUUUGAACAUCCAGAAUUUGGCAUCUUCAUGAAUAAUUUUACAUGCUGAAAAAUGAAGCAAAUGGGAAUAUUGGAGACAUGAUACAGAUGUGUAUCAUCAUGAGGAAGUUUGCUAUCAUGUGUGUCAUAGUGAGGAAGCCUGCUAUCAUGUGUAUCAUCGUGAGGAAGCCUGCUAUCAUGUGUGUCAUAGUGAGGAACACAAGUGGGAUGUUAGUGGAGAGGAAAACGGAGAAAGGAAAUACCAGUACUGUACAAAGACAGACGACUUAGACUUGUAACUCGGCCAGGCAGGUGUUAAGUGUAGAAAUUGUUUUUUGUUGUUAAACCAAAAAAUUGAAUUUAUAAAGAAUAAGUUUUAAUGAUGUAAUUUAUACAAGUGUGUGUAAUAAAAAUAAAAAUUUUAGAAUUAUUUUUUUUUUAAUUGCACUUGACAUUGUCACCUUUUAUAGAUAUGAUAGAUGAGAAUAUAGCAUACUACUGUAUUGCUAAUCUUAUUCAGUAAUUAGGAACUUCAUUACCAGUGCAGUUUUACAUAGUGUUUAAAAAAAGGGAAACAGAAAACACAUAAGCAAAAUACUGUACAGUAUAUGGUAGAAAUUUUGAUGUAAUUUUACAAGAUAAUGUUAAAGAUUAUUUGAAAAGAGAUUGUAAAUGUUAGUAUUUUGGCUGUUGAUAAUAGUUAAUAGAAACCAUGUCAGUACAGCUUGAUGGACAUGGUAAGAUAUAUGCCCGGCAUAUAAGCAGACUAAGCAAAUGUAAAAUCUAAUGACAUUCCUGUUUGCUUUUCAGUUUUAUAAUGUAUCACUUAUAUCUUAAAUUGAAUACACUGUACUCUCAAUACUGUAUUGUUGAAUAAAUUGAUUAAUGUUGUAAUGGGGGGGAGGGCCAAAACAUUUCAUGCUUGGGGCUCUCUGGGAAUUAAUCUCACUACUAUUAGUAAGAUUGUAUGGCAUUUUCAGAAGAAUCUUUCAGAAUAUUCACACAUUUUUUAAUUUUAAAUUUUAGUAACUUACUGUAUUAGUCUGUUUAAAUUUAAAUGAUCUUAGAUGACCUAAUAGUGAACAGUACUCGAUCUACAUUAACAAUUUAAUAAUUGGUAAGUAGUGGAUAUUUUGCCCAAAACAAAUUUUAAUAUAGUAUAGUAUAGUCAUUUUGCUGCAACUGCUAAUAUUGGAUGAAAUGUAUUGUUUAUUAUUGCAAUACAUCUGUUGCAGUCUAUACCAAAGUACUGUAGUGUAGUUGUCAAGUGACCUGUGUCACAAAAACUGUACCUUCAGUAAGGACAUUUUGACUUAUCCAAACUUGAGCUAACUUGGGCUAAUAAAAAGGUUGAAGAUGUAUGCUUCUUCAGACUUAUGAUCAUUGGCAUCAAUAGGUUAGGUGCAACAGUGUAGGUUGGUUCUCUUGUGUUAAUAAAAAGUGUAAAAAUUGAACAUUUGUCUAAUCAUGGGAAAGAACUGAAAAUUUAAGCAAACAAAUGCAUAUUUUUGAAAGAGUUGUUUAGAAAUUUUAUAAGAAUUCAGGAAAGUUAAAAUAUUCAAAAUAACAAAAUAGUUUUUGUGAGCAUACAUCCUUAUAGUGAGUGUUUGGUGAUCCACAGUGGAGCAUAUUCCUAUUUAACCUAAAGCUUGUGUAAUAUGAAGCAUUGUUGCACUGCACAUAUUAACUUCCCAGUGAACAGGUUUAGCUACAAAGAUUUUUGAAACUUUGUGAUGGGACAAGUCUCAUGUCAUCAAGUGUCACAGUGGUCCCAUGUUGUCAAGUGUCAGAGCUGUGAAUUGGAAUCCAAGAACAGUAAUGCAAAUAGAAUAUGAAAGCUUCACACAUUGCAUUAUAUUUACAAAAAAAAUCUUUGUAAAUUAAUAAAUUAUUUAAAUCACAUGGAGAGUAGGUCCAUGCACAUUCUUGUGUUCAGUUCCAAAAAUGUACAAGUUUAUGGUACAGUUUUGUCAUGUGGGUUACCAUAGUCGGAGUCAGAAAGUCUGUUGAGCUUAUCUAGGUCUCUAGUCUAGCUACUGACUCUCCCCAGGAUGCAACCUUCAACACCUGCCUAACUCCUGGGUACCAAUUUACUGCUAGGUGAACAGAGGCUUCGGGUGAAAGGAAACAUUGCCCAAACACUUCUAUCCUGCACGAGAAUUGAAUUGCAGACCUUUCAGUUGUGACCUGACUGCACUGAUCUCUGCAUCAAAGAACCAAAUAACCCUUAACUUCACUGUUUAUAUGUAUACAUCUUGCUUGAAGCAGGAAGCUUGGGGUUCCUCUAGCUAAGAAUAAGAUUGUCCAUGUGGUCAUCUACCUUAGUGUUUUGCCUUAACAUGGUUGAGUGAUAUCUGCUGCACUCUGCCAUUAGCAAUACACAUGAUAAGUUUGUUUGCAAAAAUGUUAAUGUGAACAGCUUAUGUAGCCUUCGUUUUGCAUACUGUAUUUGCAAAAUAAAACAAUUAUCAACUU